AUGGAAUACUUGCAUAAUGAUUAUCAUUGUCAAGUUGCACCAAGUAGUAUGCGUGGAUCAUUAACUGUUUGUGUACUUGGUUUUCUUUUUCCAUUUAUUAUUAUAGCAUGCAGCUAUGUAUAUACUAUAUAUUAUGUUCGACAACAUAACCCAACAAUUAUAACAAUUAACCGACGAACAAAUAUGCGUCGUGAUAUGAUUAUCUUAAAACGUGUACUGAUUAUUCUUACACUCUUGACAUCUUCUGCUGCACCACAUGCACUUUUUCCUAUAGCUUACCGAAUUCUUGGAAGUCUUCCAACAUGGUUAGUUGCUUUGGAAUGGCUUCUCACCAUUGUCGCACUUAUCUCUAUUGCAGUGAUACUUCCAUUGGUUUAUGAAUGUCAUAAAUACAGUGCUGCAAAUUUACUUUCAGUUGUAUCACCUGAACGGAAACGUGAAUUGCACACCGCUGCAGUUAAUUGUAUAUUACGUGAUGGUCUUGCAUUGGGAGUAUUUCGUCAACCCGGUAUGAGUCAAUUCCUCCAAAUAGCUGUUCCUGGAUAUGCUGGCCCGAACGGUAAAACGGUUCGACAAAAAAUAGCUGCAAUAUACUCAUCAUACACCACCAAACUUCGUUCUGUUCUAUCUAAAGUUGAUUUUUUUGCACUUACAUGUGAUCUAUGGCGAAGUUCGAAGCGAGUACAUUACAUUAGUCUUACUGGUCAUGUUUUUACUAAUAAAUAUAAAACUGUUUCAAUCGUACUUGGUUGUCAUCGUGUUAUCGGCCGUCAUUUAUCAACAACUAUUGAACGUUAUAUAGAAUUUGAAUUAAAACGACUUAAUAUUAAACAAGAACAACUUGUUAGCAUUACCACGGAUAAUGGUUCUGACAUGAAGAAAGCAACAUCAACACUUAAAUUUGGUGAUGAUACAAGUCAUAAUGAUCCCACCGAUGAUGAAUGUGAUAGUGAUUCUGAUGAUGAUAUUAAUUUCUCGUCACUUACUAUAAAUGAUAACAAGUUGUCAUCAAUUGAUCAUUAUAAACUAAUUCUAUCUGUAUUUAAUUUAAUGAAGAAAGCCAGAGCUGGAGUAAAAUUUAUUCGAAAUCAUAAUGGCACUAAUGAAUAUGUAAUUAAACAUGUUGAAGAAUUCAAGUCGAUCAUAAAUCAAAUGUCAAAUAUUUCAAAUUUAUUAAUGAAACGAGUGAUAAUAACGAAAGGUUUCUGUGAUUUAAUAUAUGAUAUAUCAAAUAAUACGUUUCAAGUUAUCGAACAAGAACGUGAUUAUCUUGAAAAUUGUCAAAAACUUGAAUCAACAUCAUCACCUACAACUUAA